AUGGCUUCGUUUGAUGACUUGGCGUUUGUGGGUCCAUCUGCUUCAGCUACUACAGCAACUACAGCUUCCGAGCUUUUCUGCCGAGACUGCAACGAAGCACCACAAGCGACGACAACAGAUGGUAAGCGUUGCUUGAUAUGCGGCUGUGAGCUAGAACGCCAGCAGCUGACAUCGGCUGAGCAGAACGCUUCUGGCUCGAUGCUUCAUGGCUCUGAGGUGAGCGUCCAGGAGCUGCAGGCCAUGGUGAUGCGUUUGCUGAAUCACAUCGGAGAUGAUUGGAAUGAAGGGAACACGGGAGCACGUCGACCCGCGUCUGAUGAAGCUGUGAAAAAGCUCGAGUCUUUCGUUGCCGAUCAGGCAUCGACUAUCGAAGUGGCAGUCAUUGUGAAGGGCAUCAAGGGGGAGGUGAUCGCAAUUCCAGGAAACUUUGGCCCGUGCAAGUCACUUGAAGAGCGCAAUGUAAUCAUCGCUGACCCGUUUGACGGUGCCAAACCAUUUCAAAAUGCCAGUGAGUGGAAAGAUAAGAUCGUCGUGAUGGCACGUGGCGGCUGCACCUUUGCGCGCAAGGUUCUUAAUGCGCAAGCCGAGGGCGCUGUAGGCGUGAUCAUCAUCCAAACUGUUGAUGUAUGGCCAUACACAAUGACAGAUUCCACUGGUGAAAGCAAGGACGUAAAGAUUCCUGCGUUCAUGAUGAGCUUAAAGCAUGGCAAAGGCUUUAUCGAGUAUCUGCGUAGCAAAUGCAACGAGAUCACGUCAGCUAACAUUGUUGUACGUAAAGAUGCACGCGAGUGUGUUAUCUGUCAGGUGGAAAUGUCAAUUGGUAUGAAGGUCACGCGGAUGCCGUGCCAGCACAUGUUUCACACAGCAUGUCUGCAUGAGUGGCUUCAAGUUGGUAAUUCAUGUCCAAUUUGUCGCGUAGAAAUCGCUGCCAAACGCUCUACUCACAACAGUUCAUCGAGCUCUCAAACUGCUCAACAACGUGGUGAUUUUGCUUGGAGCGAGUGGUUUUCUUGA